AUGGACGCUCUCUUCGACGCAAUCAACGUUCGAGACCUCCUUUCAACGAGUGAUCUCACGGACCCAACCGCACCACUCUCCGCACCCGAUCUCCGGCUCCUGAUAAACCGACUCGAAUCUCACUCUCUCCAAAUCAAAUCAAAAGUCAAAUCCUACAUCGUCGCUCACCACGACGACUUCUUCUCUCUCUUCUCACUCUGCAACGACGCCGUUUCGAGAAGCGACCAGAUUAAUCAGACCUUAUUGGAUCUUCUAGGUUUGCUUUCCGAUUCUCCUAUCGAUGGUGAGAUUAGGGAGCUUGUCGAUGACUUGAGCGGGAAGAUGAAGGAGGCGAGGUUAAAGAGGGAAAUAUUGGAGUUGGUGAGGGUUAUUGUGGGAAUUAGUGAGAGGUUGGGAGGGGUGAAAGAGGGAUUGAAUAAUGGACGGCUGAGAUUUGCCGCUGAGGAUAUUAGGGAGUUGAAGAAGGAGUUGAGGAUUGGUGAUGAGGAGGAGAGAGAGCCUGUUGUGUAUGGUUUGUUGAGGAAGGAGUGGCUCGAUUGCUUCGAGGAGAUUCAAGAGGUGCUUGUGAAAUUCACGGAAAAUGCAGUGCGGUUCGAGCCAGAUUCUAGUAUAGUUCGAGUCAAGUAUCGGUUAAGUGUUGGUGGCAUUGCAGGGGUUGUGGAUCUCCACACUGUUUUGGAAGCAAUGGAAGUAAUUGGGAUAUUAGACUAUGGGUUUGCUAAAGUAGCUGACCAAAUGAUCAAGUAUGUCAUUAUUCCUGUUGUAAACCAAGGAUCAUCUAUUUCAUCCACAGAAGAUUCGAAAGAUGUCUCAAAAGAAAUGACUGAGGCAAUGUUGAAGAUAGUAUCAACAAGCAAUCCAAAGAAGGUCGACAUGGAUGGUGAGAUCAUCUAUUCAGGGAUUAUUCAGGUUAUAAACUUUGUUUGCAAGUGUAUAUGCUUCGAAAAUCCUUCUUGGAUUAGAUGCUUUGGAAGGUUGACAUGGCCAAGGAUAUCAGAACUUGUUAUUUCUAACUUUAUCUCCAAGGCUGUCCCUGAUGAUGCUUCUAAACUUGCUGGCUUUCAGAAGAUAAUUAAAGACACACAUGAGUUAGAAAUUGCUUUGAAGGAAAUGUCAUUUAUUUCUGCAUCUGAUAGCACAGACCAAAAGUUGAGCAACUUUGCUGAAAAUGUCGAGGUUCACUUUGCUUCUAGGAAGAAGACAGAAAUCUUGGCAAAAGCUAGAAAUUUGCUUCUACAGUGUGACUUUGCUAUUCCUCAAGAAUAUGCAAGAAAAGGUCAUCCACUGAAAAAUGGUGGGAUUGCUGCAAAUUUUUCCGAACAUGCCGUUGACUUGCUUUUUCUGUCAGAGAGGUGUCUGGUGUCCAAAGCAGCUACCCAACUGAUGGAUCUAGUACACCAGACACUUAAGGACAUUUGCUUGUCAUCUCCUAGAGUUGCGUUGGAAUUCUAUCAUGCUGCAAGGGAUGCUAUACUUCUCUAUGAGGCUGUUGUUCCUGUCAAGCUAGAAAGGCAGCUUGAUGGAGUCAACCAGGUUGCUGUUCUCAUGCACAAUGACUGUCUCUAUCUAUCUCAGGAGAUCCUUGGACUGGCAUUCGAGUACCGCUCAGACUUUCCAAUUUCCAUCAAGGAACAUGCUGUUUUUGUUGACUUGGCACCGCGAUUUCAAGUAAUGGCAGAGGAGAUACUGCAGAGACAAAUUCAUCUUGUUAUUUCUAAUCUGAAAGAGGCCAUAGAUGGUGCUGAUGGUUUUCAGAAUACUCAUCAGAUUCAGCAAUUUGAAUCAGCAAAAUUUAGCAUAGAUCAGGUGGUUUUUAUUCUUGAAAAAGUACAUAUUAUCUGGGAGCCGCUGUUGCUGCCAUCCACUUACAAGAAAAGCUUGUGUAUGGUCCUAGAGUCAGUUUUUUAUAGAAUCACAAAAGACAUACUCCUCCUAGAUGAUAUUGCAGCUGAGGAAACAUUGCAGCUCCAAAGACUGAUCCAUUUGAUGCUGGAAAGCAUAUCAUCUUUAUUGGACUCCCUGAUUUCUGUCAUUCAAAAGGAGAAACCAAAAGAGUAUCAUACAAGUCCUUUAGAUGAUCUAAUACCAUCAUUAUGUAAAUUCCAUAAACAUUCUUUGCAAUUUUCAGAACUUCUGGACAUGCCUUUAAAAUCCAUUACAGCAGCUUGGGAAAGUGGGGAACUCAUCAGCAUUGGUUUUACAAUGCUAGAGGUAAAGGAUUUCAUCAAAGCAAUAUUUGCAGAUUCUUCUCUGAGAAAAGAAUGCCUAUGGAGGAUAGAAAACGUUAGCUUGUAA